CCCUCACUACUUUUUACCCGUUCAUGUCAUGGACAAUAGCACGGUGCACUUAAUCGAACACCCUCAAGAUUGACGGGCUCUUUCUCUGCAAAAUUUGCGACAACCCGGAUGGUUUAUUCCGACAAUUGUCAAGAACUGUGAUUUCGCCAGACAGGUUACACAAAAAAGCUAGGACCAUGCCUUUAUUUCAUCCAAUAUUUAUUUUUGUUCUGGUAAGCUUCCAAGCAUGUUCCUCUACACACAGCCAGGAGGCUGUCUCCAACAUGGCCCCACCAGAGGCCAUGGAGUAUAACAGAACUGUCUAUGCAGCCUGCAAAAUGAGACCCAGCACCAAACUAGGCGAAGGUCUACCUAACGUGUAUGGACAGGUGCUGUUCAAGCAGGAAUACCCCGAGGGAAGCCUCAAAGUCCUCUUUCUUCUCCAUGGUUUUCCAAGUGACAGUGAUCAUCAGUCAAAAGCCAUCCACAUCCACCAAUACGGGGAUUUCAGCCAGGGCUGCGAUUCCACAGGCGGCCAUUACAACCCUUACAGGGUCCCCCAUCCCAGCCACCCGGGGGACUUUGGGAACUUUGUGGCCCACCAGGGGAGGGUUCACAAGUUGACUGAAUCAAAGGCCACUCUGUUCGGGGGGCUGUCGGUGCUUGGGCGGGCGGUGGUGGUCCAUGAGAAGGCAGACGACCUAGGGCAGGGCGGGGAUGCGGGGAGCCUGCUACAUGGUAAUGCUGGGUGGAGGCUGGCAUGUUGCACCAUCGGGAUGAGCAGUCCCAAACUGUGGGAUAAGCACCAUCAUCGACAGCAGAGAAGGGGAUGAGAAUCGUAGUUUAUUCUUCCCUUUUCUUUCUGAGCUCACCAUCUUUCAUCGCAAGACAACUUGAAUUUCAUUGCUUUCAUUUUAUCCAGAUCUAAAUUACAAAAAUGUUUCCUAAAAGUCAUGUUUAUCUUUUAUUUUAAGGGAUAGGACAGGUUUACCAUAGCUGAUAGCAAUUCAUGUAUAUUGUAUUAAACUUUGAAAAUACCUUUAUUGAAA